CAUAGUCCUAGUAGAAUACAAAACAAAAAUGUGUGACAAUUUCUCAACUAAUUCUCAUCUCAACAUCAUAAUGAGAAACAUGAGAGUAGUUUUUAUCACUUUCAUCUUUGUGUUGGUCACUAUCAGCAUGAUUGUUCCAAAGACAGUUGAAGCAACUCGUGCUUUCUUUGUGUUUGGUGACUCACUCGUUGACAAUGGCAACAAUAAUUAUUUGCCAACCACGGCACGUGCCGACUCUCCUCCGUAUGGCGUUGACUAUAUGCCCACUCGUCGCCCCAGCGGCCGCUUCUCCAACGGCUUCAAUCUCCCUGACCUUAUCGGGCAGCAUAUUGGACUAUCUGAACCAACAUUGCCAUACUUGAGUAAUGAAUUGACCGGACAAAAGUUAUUAGUUGGGGCCAAUUUUGCUUCAGCAGGGAUUGGAAUCCUUAAUGACACUGGCAUUCAAUUUGUAGAAAUAUUGAGAAUGUUUCAACAAUUUUCUAUGUUUGAACAGUACAAAGAAAGAUUGAGUGGAGAAGUAGGGGAAGUGGAGGCAAGUAGAAUUGUGAAUGGAGCAUUGGUACUUAUUACACUUGGUGGUAAUGACUUUGUCAACAAUUAUUUUCUCACUCCAUUUUCUCCUAGGUCUCGUCAAUUCAACGUGCCACAAUUCUGCACUUAUAUUAUCUCCCACUAUCAAAAUAUUCUUAUGAGGUUGUUUGAGUUGGGAGCUAGAAGGGUGCUUGUGACAGGAGCUGGCCCAUUGGGUUGUGUUCCUGCUCAGCUUGCUACUAGGAGCUUAAAUGGAGAGUGUGUAAAUGAGAUACAACAAGCUGCUCAAUUUUUCAACCAACUUUUGUUUCAACUGAUUAAAGACCUCAACACCCAACUAGGUUCUGAUGUAUUUAUUGUUGCAGAUGCUUACCAAAUGAAUAUGAAUUUCAUCACCAACCCUCAAAGCUUUGGUUUUGUUACAUCAAAGAUAGCUUGUUGUGGUCAAGGACGUUUCAAUGGAGUGGGACUAUGCACUGCCUUAUCAAACCUAUGCCCAAAUCGUGAUGUCUAUGCAUUUUGGGACCCUUUUCACCCUACUCAACGUGCUUUGGAGUUUAUUGUUCGAGACAUCUUUAAUGGAACCUCUGAGUUUAUGAGUCCUAUGAACCUUAGUACCAUAAUGGCCAUGGACACCAGCAUCUAAUAAAAGGCCUUCAAUUAUCACGUCAUCAUUAUUAUUUAUUUGGUGUCACUCCUAAAUACAAGAGGGGCAAAAAUGUCAUUGUCUUGUGAUUUGUAUGUUUAGAUCAAGCUUUUUUUUUAAUGGCUUAGAUGAGUUGGGAUCA